AAUCCUUGAAAUUCUGGAGUUUGGAAUCCUUGAAGCUGUUAAAUGAUUAAAUACAUGACUAUCAAAGUUACUUCAGAUGAUUUCUUCUUUGAUGGACUGAGCAAAGAGGGCAACACGGAUAAUCCUUUUGGCUUUGGAGCCACACAAGGAAAUGUUCUUGCAUUUCCUGGACUCAAUACACUUGGGCUAUCCAUGAACCGUGUCGACCUAGCUCGGGGAGGAAUAAACGCACCUCAUUCGCAUCCUCGUGCCUCUGAAAGUGUUGUCGUUAUUAAAGGGAAGGUCCUUGUUGGGUUUGUGUCUACAAGUAAUGUGUACUAUUACAAGGUUUUGACUGAAGGGGAGAUGUUUAUCAUUCCCAGAGGACUGGUUCAUUUCCAGUAUAAUGUUGGACAUAGCAAAGCCAUUCUACUCACAGCUUUCAAUAGUCAGUUGCCGGGGGCUGUGAUCGUCUCUCGAACUUUGUUCGCUUCAAAUCCUCCAAUCCCUCUCGAAAUUCUGACCAAGACCUUCCAAGUCGAUGAUGGUGUUAUCAACAGCAUAGAGUCCAAGUUUGCUUAGUUCUGUCCUCAGUUUGUCCAUUUGAUUGAAUAUUGAAACUUUUCUGUCCCUGGUUAUGUCCAUGCACAAUAAUCUCAUUCAUAGUCCUGAAUGUGAAUUCAUUUACUGUUUAGAAGGCAGUCAUGCGUUAAUAUUUAUAUGCUUCAUUUGUUCA